CAGAUCACAUGCUUGUCACCCAAGCCCCCUCGCCCGCAAGGAGGUCCAGGAAAGCCCCUUGCAGAUGUAAAGUGAGAGCUUGUGAUGCUAACACAGUUUUCAAUACACCAUAUUCUCGAGUGGCCGUUCCGCUGCCAGAGCAGCCAAGUGUGGCCUGAGUGUAGCUGAGAAUCAGGCCUGUGAUUGUUAAGCUCUCAGAGGCCUGGUCACCUGGGUCCCGUCACCCAGCUCAGCACAGGUGGGUGAUACAGGAACGUCUCCCUGCCAGGACUGUACAGAACAUCCCCUCUUGUGCUGCAGAUAUAGACGAGUGUCAGGGCCCGAACCCGGCAGACUGUGGACCCCACGCAAACUGCACCAAUGUGCCUGGGAGUUACUCCUGCACCUGCAUCCCUGGCUACGAGCCCAGCUCUGGGAAAGCCAAUUUCACACACGCGAGUGAGAACACCUGCCAGGACAUUGACGAGUGCCAGCGAAACGCCAGAAUCUGUGAGCCCCACGGGAACUGCAUCAACAUGCCAGGGAGUUACAUGUGUAAAUGCAGUGAGGGAUUUGGGAAGAGUCAAAAGGAUCCGUCUCAGAUCUGCACAGACAUCGACGAGUGCCGCAAGACCCCAGGUAUCUGCGGCCCUAAGGCCAGGUGUAUCAACACCUACGGAAGCUACUGGUGUGAGUGCCGGGCCGGCUACGUCCCCUCCAACAGGAACUCAACCCUGUGCCAAGACAUCGACGAGUGCCGCAAGACCCCAGGUAUCUGCGGCCCUAAGGCCACGUGUAUCAACACCUACGGAAGCUACUGGUGUAAGUGCCGGGCCGGCUACGUCCCCUCCGACGGGAACACGACCCUUUGCCAAGUCCCCAGCAUUAACCCCAGCGCUGAGUUCGAGGGAAUCAAAGCGACGUGCAGGAAUUUCUCUCUGCCGAACGUGACUCUCCGUUUCAACGCCCUCCUGAACAGCACCUCCUUCUGGGAUGGCGGAGACAAGGGUGAGGUUGUGUCGGCUUUAACAUUCCUCCUGCAGAGCGUGGAACAGUCUGUAUUGGCCACUGCGCUCCAGUCUCCCAAGAACACAACACAGAACAUGACGACAGAGUCUAUGGCUGUCCAGACGCGGCUCGUCACAGGGAACUGCAGCCGGGACAGUGAGGUCAUCACGCUGAGAGCUCACGAGGAGACGAUGGUCGUGCACUGUGAUACAGUCACCAGGGCAGCCACACGAGCAGGUUUGGGGGCUGCUGCUUUUAUUUCCUACUCCUACAACCUGGACUCCAUCAUCAAUGUGACACUUCCCAGCGAGGGAAAUCUACCGGCUGGUGGGAAGCUGGGGAAGAGUUAUCUCAACUCCAGGGUGGUGAGUGGGGCCAUCGGAGACGGGAGACCCAUUAACCUCUCCAGACCCGCACACUUCACCCUGCGCCACAGACAGGCCAAAAAAGAGGAGGAAGAGGCUCACUGCGUCUACUGGAAAGUAGAGGCCGAGAGCGGCAGCUGGUCUCCGGACGGCUGCACCGCCGUGAACAGGACCAGCACUCACACCACCUGCAGAUGUGACCAUCUGUCCAGUUUCUCCAUUUUAAUGGCUCUCACCACAGUGACGGAGAGUUACCCACUGACCAUCAUCACCUACGUGGGACUGACCCUCUCCCUGCUGUGCCUCUUCCUCGCCAUCCUCACCUUCCUCCUGUGCCGCUCCAUCCGCAACGUCAGCACCUCCCUCCACCUGCAGCUCUGCCUCUGCCUCUUCCUGGCCGACCUGCUCUUCCUCAUCCCGGUGACACGCACCGGCAGUCCGGUGGCGUGUGCUGUCAUUGCUGGGCUCCUACACUACCUCUUCCUAGCCUGCUUCAGCUGGAUGUUGCUGGAGGGGCUGCACCUCUUCCUCACCAUCAGGAACCUGAAGGUCCUGAAUUACACCAGCGCCAGCCGGUUCAAGAAGAGAUUCAUGUACCCGUUCGGCUACGGCUUCCCAGCUCUGGUGGUGGCUAUUUCUGCAGCGGUGAAUCCUGAUGGCUACAGAACGUCCGAACAGAAAUAUUUCCUACUGUUCCAACAGAUAAAUAUAACGUUUUUUACCCUGACCCUGUGGAUCCUGAGAAACAGUCUCUCCUCCCUCAAUGCAGAUGUGUCCACCCUCAGAGACCACAGGUUACUGACCUUUAAAGCCAUCGCCCAGCUCUUCAUUCUGGGCUGCACAUGGAGCCUUGGUCUCCUCCAAGUCGGCGCAGCAGCCACGGUCAUGGCGUAUUUAUUCACCAUCGUCAACAGCCUGCAGGGAGCCUUCAUCUUCCUGGUGCACUGUCUCCUCAAUCGCCAGGUGAGAGAGGAGUACAAGAGAUGGAUCAAGGGAUUCCGAACGUUCAGCAUAAAAUCUCAGACAUACGAUCUAUCCAUGUCUGCUGUCCCCACCACCAGCACCAAGACGGAGUAACCCUUCUGCCAGGCGGAGUCGGCAGCCACCAGGGCCGGGUUCAAUACCUAGCGAUUCCAAUACAAAACCGAACCUGCUGGAGCCCCUGUGACGUUGCACUUCA